AUGAUGACGGAUACAGCUGUGCAACAGCAAACAGAUACUAAUGGGCAAACAUUAGUGACAGCAUCUGAACGAGAAGCUAUAAUUCAAAGAUUAACUACAAAAUGGACCAUGGAUUUGUCAAAACGAGUCGAAAGUCUUGCAUAUGACAAAUCACGUGGUGUUAAACCUAUUUAUUAUAAAUUUGUUCAAAAUUAUCAUCAACAAGUUCAAAACGCAUAUCAAAAUCGUGCACAACAACAACAACAACAAAUACAACAAUUGCAACAACAACAACAACAGCAACAACAACAACAACAACAACCACAGCAACAACAAACAUUACAAUCAUUAAAUAAUAAUGCACAAUAUACAAAUCAACAAUUGAAUCUUUCACAACAAUCAUCAGUACCUAUGGUUAAUCAAUCACAACAUCCAUUAAAUACAAUGCUUAAUCAACAAAUUCGUUUUUCUUCGACACAACAAUCAUUACAACCUCGUAUGGCAAAUCCACAAACGGGUGUUAUUAAUACACAAACAGGUAUUCUCAAUCAAGUUGUAAGACUACGUGAUCCACAAAAAUUCAAUCAAUCAUCUCUGAAUACAGUUCAAUUUACAUCAUCACCAUCAUCACUUAAUUCAGCUUCAACAUCAUCAACAGUACAAAAAAUUGAUUUAUCUCAAAAUUAUGCAGGUCAACAACAAAUAAGUAAUACAAAUCUUAAUGAUUACUUAUCUCAAUCAACACUAGUUCAAAAUCGAUAUUCAAAUCCACAAACAAUAAAUCCACGACUACGUACAGCAACGAAUUCUAAUGGAAAUUUGCCACAAAUAUCAACAUCGAAUAAUGCAAAUGAUAUUUUACAUCAAUUUGUUGUUGGAAAUCCACCAACAAAUUCAAUGGCACCAUCAUCAUCAUCAUCAUCAUCACCAUUAUCAUCAAUGGUAACACCAGUAACAAAUACAUCUUCAACCGGUGAUAGAUUAUUACAACAAAUACUUUUGGCUAAUAAUGAUGGAACAUCAAAUAAAAUGUCUAUACAAAGUCGACAACCAUCAUUACCACAAUCAACAGCAUCGAUUAUGUCACAACCAAUUCGUUUAGCCAAUGCAACGAACAGUAGUAUGGUUAACAGUAUAAAUUCCCUUCGAUCAUCAUUAGCAUCUCAACAACCAUCACCUUCACCAUCGGUUACAAUAAUGUCAACAACACCUCAAGCUCCAUUAUCAAAUGUUCAAAUUCAACCAUCAAGUAAUGUUACUAUUCAACAAAGUCCUUUAAAUAAUAACAAUGGACCAUUUUCGGUAAAUACACAAACCAUGCCACAACCAUCAUCAAUAACAAUGAAUAGUUCGACACCAUCAUUUAAUAAUUAUUCAUCACCAAUGAAUCGCUCAUUACCAUUAACAGGAAGUGGUAGUAUUUCAAGUCCAGAUGAAGAAACCAUUAAUUUAAUAAAAUAUCUUAAAGAUAAUAUUGGUAAAAUUCAGGCAUUAUGUCAAAAAUUUACAAAUGAAGGUAAUUCAAAUAAAUUUACAACAAAACUUUCAUAUGUUUCUUCGUUUUUAAAAAAUAAAGGUUUUCCAGAAAAAGCUCGUAAUGCACUAGCUGUUCAUCAACAAAUGAUUCAAUUUAUUAAUAAUCCAACUCAUGAAAGUUUAGUAAAUGCAAAACAUAUUCGUGAUAAUCUUGAACGAGCUACUAGUCGAUCACAACAAUCAACUUCAUCAGUAUCAAAUGUAACAGUAGCAAAUACUUCAAUGCCAACACAAACACAUGAUUUAAAUCAAAUUGACAAAGCACUUAAUGAAUAUAUUUCACGUGACCAAAAAAAACGACUUUUUAUAAGUAAAUUAUUCAUUGAACCAUUAAGUGAUGUUGUUAAUGGUAUACCACAUAAGAAAAUUCGUCUUGAUAAUGAUAAUAGUUCAAAUAGCAUUAGAAUAACACCAGAAAAUAUUUCAUCAUCAAGUCAAUCAUCAUCAUUAUUAUCUUAUCUUAAUGAUGAAUUUGUUUUAUUACCAGCUAAUACUUUUCUUAUUGAAUAUUUACCAAUAUCACAUAAAAUAAAUAAUAAUGAAUUAAAUGAUGAUUAUUUAUAUAAAAAUGGUAUUAUUAUUCGAUGUAAAUUAUUAGAAUCACCAAAUCCUCUUAUACCAUCAUUACGACUACGCAUUUCAACACGUUAUCCUCAAGAACAACCAGAAAUUUUGUCAUUAACAAAAUCUAUGCCACCAAAACUUGAAUUUUCAGAUGGCCAUCCAUUGUUGGAACAAAUCUCGACAUUAUUUGUUUCUUAUCUAUUUAAAUUACCUCCUCAAUAUACCGUAACUGAUAUUCUCAAUAUUUGGCGUCAAUCCGUCCAAGCUGCUAUGUAA